GAGCCUGUGCCCCAGGAGAGUGGAGGUAAGUCAGAGCAGCCGGGAGAGUGCCGGCCACAGAGCACUCCAGUCAAUAUACACGAGCUGUGGUGACCAUGAGACUGCCGACCCACGCUCACCUCCCACCCCCCCCCAACUGUCACCACUUCUUGAACACCCUCAGAGUUAGAAACAGGCAGAAGAGAAACCCAAUCGCUGACACUGUUACAGCUUUUGAACUGCUGGGGCCCACACUCAAAUCUCUGGGUGUCCAGCUCCAUCUGGGGCCGUGCCCGCGAGAAGUGGUACCCGACAGCCCUCUCCUCAUCCUCUCCCGUCUUAGCGGCCUCACCUCACCCUUGUCCUCUGCACUCCUGGCAGGAGUGGCCACCUGCUGCCACCGCUUACAAACCUAGUCCACACCUGCCCAGAAAUACUGAGACUUGGAAUGAAAUGUAUGUGUGAUUUCAACACGGACAACAGGGAUUUUCUGACCUGAACCAUCUCACAUGUAUCCGCCCUGAGCUGCCCUGAGCUGUGGGAAGAGACAGGUUACCCUUGAGGCUCUGGCAGGGAAGGGGACAGCAGGGAGCCCUGUCCUGAAGCUGUGUUUGCAUAUUUUAUGGAGAACAUGUAAAUGUGGGGAAGAUCUGAGGGUGCGGGUUAUGGGGCCUAAGUACCCCUCUGCGCCCAGCUGAAGUGAGAAGUUUCCCUUUGCUGUGCUCUGACCCUGUGGCCACCUCAACUGGGGACACAUGGGACUAGGAAGGAGGGACAGUGGCCAGUGUCCUUGUGGCCACCAAGAGCAGGGAGGUGCUGGUGCUGCAACGAGAGGCAGUGGGGAGCUGGGCAGCGCUGCUGGGAUGGUUGGCCCAGGUCACAGCUGAGUUUACCCAUGUUCGAUGCUCUGAGCUAACCUGGGGCCGUAAUCAACACAACCUAAUUAUGUUCCUGAGUUAGACCAGGAAGGCGUAUACUAUGGCAAAUGUUUUUCGGAGAUGAGAUCUAAACAACUGACAAUUCUCGGCACAGAACGCAGGGACUGCUUAUAUGAAACUUCGACUUUAUGAUGCAUUACUUUGUAAUUACUCAACUAAUUAUUCAUUUAGCAAACAUCUGAAUAUUGUAGGAAUGUUUUCGUGGCUCUACCAUUAGAAUCUAAGUUGACACUGAAGAUGUCUCAUUCAUUUUGAACCACUGUCAGAGAAAUAUUUUCCUUUGCUCACAGGAAUCACUCAUUAAAAGAACUUCAAGUCUGAUAGCUUCUGUAUCAUUAUAUAACUGAAACUGGCCCAUUUUGCCUACUCAAGGAAAACUAGGUUGUUAAUCUUAAAAUGACUGUCUUUCAGCAGCUGCAUCAACCUUAUGGAAAACACAAAACCAGAAAGAUUCUCUGAUUUUCCCCCACCUCUUAAGUUCCAGCCAGCUUUCUUCUCUGAUACAUGAAUGCGAGGCCAGCCCUGCCAGAUGUACCCUCCGCUGUCUCCCACCAUCUUAAAGGCACUGAGAGAUUGUACAGGAUUUUCUCUCCAACGUGCAAAGACUCCGCCUAGGACUUGGGACACGCCCGGUUCUCCCCGCCUCUGAUGGAUUAAAACUAGCCCCUGGCGGUGGAAGGCCAGCUGGGUAGCCUCUCUGGUCCCAGUAGAUCUGACACCAGCCAGGCGCAGCUGCACCUCGCUCCGCCGCGUCCUCGGCCACCGCGCUCAGCUCCUCCUCCCACCGGCGCGUCUCGCUCGGCUUGGACCAGGCGGUGCCCCUACUUGUCGCUGCCGGGCGGCCCCGGGGGCCGUCCUCGUCGUGCGGGGCGAGGAGACCCCGAGUCUGGGCAGAGCCCCCGGCCCCGGAAGGAAGGAAGGAAGAAAAGAAGGAACGAAGGAAGGAAGGAAAGGUGCCUGGGCGUAAAGCCCCUGAGUGUGAGCGCCAGGACGUGAGGAAGCCGGAGAUGCUGCGGCUGGACGGAGGGCACUGACGACCCGCCGGGUCAGCAUCGUCAUGCCGUUCCCGCCCUUGCCGCCGCCGCCGCCCACCCCCGCCCCGGGGGUCCCCGCCGCGCGCCCGCUGCCCCGGAAGCCCAGCGCCCCCCGCAAGGUGGCAGCGCCCGCCUGCGCCCCGCCUGGCCCCUCGCCGCCCGCCGCGGCCGCGGAGAAGAAGAGGCGGCCCCCCGAGAGGCCCCCGGUGCUGCUGUCCAGCUCCUGGCCCUCCGCCACCCUGCGGAGGCCGCCGGCCCGCCGCGGCCCCGGCCCGGCCCCUCCGCGCACCCCGCCCCAGGCCGCGCCCGGCCGCCCGCGCGCCUCCGCCCCGUGUGCGCCCCGGCCGGCGGGCUCCGGCGACGGCUCCGCGGGGACCACGGCCUCGGGGGGCGGGCCCGACGCCGCCCUGCGCUUCUCCCUGAGCCUCACGCCCGAGGCCGUCCUGCUCAUCCAGAGGCGUCACCUGGAGAGGCAGCUGCUGGCGCGGCCCCGCCGGGCGCUCCCCGGGCCCUCCGCCGACGCCGGGCGCCUGCUGUCCCCCGGGUCCCGGGCCCGAGCCGCGGGCCUCGGCCGCCGCCCGCCCUCGCCCGGCGCGCAGCAGACCCCCGACCCCGGCGCGCGGCCCGCCGACCUGCGCCCGCUGCUCAAGGUGUCGCUGCUCAACGAGCGGCACAAGUACGACGACGUGGAGUACGAGGAGGAGGCCGAGGCCGCCGACGAGGGCCUGGUGCGCAAGUGCACCGAGUGGCUGCGCGGCGUGGAGUCGGCGGCCGCGGCGCGCGACCGCGCGGGGCCCCUGGCCGCGCUGCCGCACCUGAGCACGCUGUGACCGCGCCUGCGCGCCGGGCCCGGCGGGGGCGGGGGAGGAGGCUGGGGGGCGGGGAUCCGCUCGCCCGACGCCCACCGCCUGUACGCGCUGCCCUGCCUGGGCGCCCUCGGGGGUGACACGGCCUCGGCUGUCGUCCACCGCACACCUGGGCUCCGGAGAGCGGCGCGGCCCGCGCGGGACACCGCCGGCCUCUUCUGACCCCACAGCCCCACCGCCCACCUCCUGCCCGGCCCCUCCCCUCUGCACCAUUCUGGCCUCUUCCGCGCGCACAGGUGUCCUUGGGGCUCGUGGUGUGGGGGGAGGUGGGGGGAGCAGCUGGAAGAAUGCGUCAGCUCCCACCCCUAAGGGUCGUGUGGGUCCCGGAGACCCUCUGCCUGGGGGCGAGCCUGAUCUGGUCUGUGGGUGUCGCUCUGCUGGUGCCCUGGUCUGAGCAGCAAGUGACCGUCAGGUGUUAGGGGGUCCGGGAGGGUGGCCGUCUGGUGCAGAACCGGACGUGGUGCUGCGUUUAUGAUUUCGUUUCUCCCGAGUAGAGAACUAAGCGUCUCCCGGAUACCGGAGACUCCAGUGAGCCUCGAUUCCCAGCUCGAAGGGGAAGGGGAGUGACGGGCAGGAUCGGGUCCGGCGGCCGGUGGACGCCGGGAUGAGGGCAGUGCUCUGUGGUUGGACCCGACUCACGGGCAGUGCAGCCCUGCGGGCCGCGCGCCCCCGCGAGCCAGCACACGCACUCACGCACACUCAACACGCGCACAUGCACGCCUUCACACACACAUGCUUACCUUCACACUCACGUAUGCUCACCAUGCACACUGAUACACACACGCUCAUGCAUACGUGGUCACACAUCCGCACACUGACACUCGUUCAUGGUUUGUUCUCAUCCACCAUACCCUCUCCACUCGCACACCUUCUCACACGCACACAUGCGCACACAAACCGGGGUCUUUCUGCAGCACAGCUGCGGACAUUGUUUUGAACGUCUGGGUUAGGGUGUGAGCAGGGGCGAGGCUGUGCAUUCUCUUUAUUUGAAGCUCUGCUCACAAAAUCUCUUUUGUACUACGGAAAAGAGGUGGGGCCACAGGGAGAGGGCGAGUGCAAACAGCUGCACCCAGACGCAGAGGAGAUGUUUCAGGCCAGAGAGCCGUUUCUUUAGGGAGAAACUGGGGAGCACAGGGUAGAUGUGUACGUUUUCAGUAUUUCUGAUUACUGCGUGAAAAUUAGUGACACAGCGGCUUUGUACAGUUGUAUAGAGUGAUUUUAAAAAAGAAAAUUUCUAUUUAUUAUUUGAAUAAAGAGGAAGACGCCUCCACCUUUUAGGACUCAUGUUCUUCUCUACUAACUCCAGGCUGAUUUCUAGAUAUUUCCUCCAUGCAUCUGAGUAUAUUUUACUCUAAGAUGCAGCAGGGGGGAAAAUAUUCUAAUCAGAUAAAGCUGGUUAUAGAAGACUGUAAUGUAUUACCUCAAUUUUUGACUUAUUUUGUAAAAGUUAAUAACUAGUUUACUGUUUAUCUCGUUAGACUUUAAUGUGUCAAGUCUUAAUGAUAUUUUGCAUUGAAGCCUUACAUUUUAAAAAACCAAAUUUGUAUUUUUCAUGUGGAGAUCUUUGCUCUAAUCUCGCUCUCUCCCAUGCUAGGCAGAAAUCUAGUUGGCCCUGAAGCAUCUAAUUUUGUGGCUGAAUUAGAUUAGCCACCAGAUGAGAUACGAAAGCAAAAGCCCACCCCCUGGAGAGCUUGUCUUUCCUGCCCCGCGUGCGAGUGCUCAGAGCUUGGCUGUCUUGUGGUUAAGGUGAGUAUUGGUACCCGGGAGGCCCAGCCCACCAUGGUUCGGAGGUGAAGUCAGGGCACGUGUGUCUGACUGCUCUGGCCGCCCCCUGAGGAGUCAGCAGAGCUUGGUCCUGGGGGAAGGGGCCUCUUUCUGGACGUUAACUGGCAGGUUGAGGGUGAGCUGACUGAGUUCAGGGUGGGCAGCAUCGUAACUUGGUCUCAUUUGCAUUAAGUGUAAAUACUGCCUAUUAGGAGGCCCGGGUUCCUGCCUGUUGUGACAGUAACACCAUUUUAAAGACUUUCCUAAAGGACUCGCCCUAGGGGAGCAUCUUUCUGCGUCUGCCUGCGCGUCUCUCGGUCCUGCUGCUGACGUGCGUGGGUCUCUCUGUGUCCCGUCCAGUCUUUUGUCUGUCUACUUUUCCCCAGCCUCCCCCAGCCGCCAGAACCCUCAUCUCCCUCUUAACUGGCCACAGUAAGUCGUGCUUUUUCCUCCUCUGCGACGUCAGUGGAGUUGUGUGCCUUGGUCUUUGCCUUCAGAGCAGAUGUGUGGACCAUUUAUGCUGUUCUGGUCGGCCACCUUCAAUAAAACAGAAAAGGCUCUGCCCGCCCGAACAGACACGUGGUGUAUGUUCACGUCGUAACUGAUGCUAUGAGGAUGUUUUCUAAGUCACUGGGCUGCAGUUUCUUAGUGUUUAAAUAAAAGAGAAAUUCAA